UCUCAAUAGUCCGUGUGUCUUCUCUUUGCUAUUCACUGCGGAGUUGGAAUUACCCGAUAUGGCCAACCCCAUCACAACCACCAACACCACCGGUGCGCAGGAGCCGCAGCUGCGCACGUACCGCGGCAACUGUCACUGCGGCGCCUUUGUGUACGAGACUCAACUGCCGGAGAUCAAGUCGGUCUUUGAGUGCAACUGUAGCAUCUGCCACAAGAAGGGGUACCUAUGGGUGUUUCCUGGGGAGGGCAGGUUCAGCAUAGUCAAAGGCGGCGACGAUGCGCUCAGUGGGUAUACGUUUGGCCUCAAGAAGCGGACGCACAAGUUUUGCCCGACCUGCGCGACGCCCUUGAUGGCGCACUUCCCGGACGGCCCGCCGGGCAAGCAACGCGCUCUGAAUGUUCGCGCGAUGCAGGGUGUAAACGCGUCGGAGCUGGAGCGGAAGCCGUUUGAUGGAGCCGCGCUGGGAGAGGCGUACGUGCCGCCAGCAUACAAGGGCAGCACGCCGGCCGAAGUUGCGGGCCACCAGCUGUACACGGGGUCGUGCCACUGCGGGUGGGUCGGUGUUGCUUUGAUGAGCAAGCCGCUGGACAAGAGCUUUGACGAGCUCGUGAUAGAGUGCAACUGCAGCAUCUGCGAGCGGAACGGCUACCGGUGGAUAUACCCAGAGGCGUCGUGCGUGGUGCUGCACGCCGAGGGCGCGGCCGACGUCGGGCGGUACAGCUUCGCGCACGGCAUCAUCAGCAAGACAUUUUGCCGGGCGUGCGGCGUGCCCCUGACCAACGAGUGGCGGCAGCUGGGGCCGGCCGAGGAGGCGGCGCUGUCGGAGCAGGCGGCGCGCUUUUACGGGUACGCCCGGACGCACCAUCCGGUGAACCUGCGUGUGUUCCCGGGCAUCGACCUGGCGGCCAUGCGGGCGCCGACUCGCAACGACGGGGCCAACGGGCUGGAGCCGGCGUACGUGAACCCGUAG